AUGUGCAUAUAUGCAUACAUUAAUUAUUGCAACCAAAAUGCGCAGCUGCCAACCGGCUGGUUAUUGUAUUGACGGGUCCGAAAAACCCUCGCAUCCCACUGAGUACUCGGUUUGUGACAACAUCGAGGAAUAACACUUCAGCCAAACCACAAUUUUCUAAUCAUCUCGGACAGAUAACAUCGAAUUAAACCGUUUUAAGAUAUAAUAUGGCUGGGAAAAGAGAUCCCUUCGAGAGGACUAUAUUUCGGGAUGGGAAUCGUGCUUCACACUUGCUGGAACAAACUGCGGGCGAAUCCGUGCAAAGAAUGAGCAACAGUAGAGAUGUAACUGCAGAAGUCAUAAAAGACCCAAUAUCUGCGGCGCGGAGAUUUAAGGUAGGAAAUUUAUCGCCCUCCAUGUUUUAUUUGACCGCGCGAUCUUCAUUUUAGAAAGCAUGUUACGAGUGUCAUAAAUGAAAGUGCAAACAGAUUUGUAGCAAUCAUGAGCUUUGUAUUCCUUACUUUUAGAGCGCAACUCCUUAAAAUAUGUGAGAAACUGAGCUAUAAUCUUUUAUUUAUGCUCUUGCCCAGUACGGUACUCUUAUUCAUCUCGUUUCGCUCCUUUUUUUUUUAAUGUAAAAGCGAAUAAAUAAAGCCGACUUUAUUUUAAAGGACUGGUUUUGGAUUAAACGUUGGUCUUGUUGUCUCUCUUGUGAUAAAAAGAUAUAUUAUGCAGUAUGCGUUUUCUUUUUUGGUAGAAUGCGACUGAAUUGAAACCGAAUAUGAAGUUAGAAACGUACAUCUGCUAAACGAAGUAUCUCCUUCUGUGCUUUUUUAAAAAAGCUACUGACGCAUUCAUUAUCAUUCGCGAAGGCGAAAAAGCAUUUACAUUCUUAUAACUAAUGCCACCCCUUUCAACAUAUCGAAAACUGGAGACAGAAGCGAAAAAUUAUGAUACUAUUCUUAGGCUUAAUAUAAAGCCCUGACUCUAAACGCCAGAAAUUAAAGUCUGUAAACGAACGACUUACACAGCACGACAGCAAGAAAGUCAAAUUAUUAAAUCGCAUUUCAAAGAAAAAACGUUUUUAAUGAAUUAAACAUCUAUAUGAAUUGUUCCAAAAUAUAUAUGCUAAACGGUAAAUACCUAAGUUCACGAUUGCAAUUAUCAUCUCGUUGCUUAGACCGAGAAAUCAGAAACAAAUCUUUCACACCAAGUUGCCCUACAUUUUGAAAAUUAAGAUUCAGUAAAGAUUCAGUAAAGAGAAACGUAAGGGUUCUUUAGUAAUCAUAAUUGGAAUUUACACUGCGAUCCCGGGCUGUUACAACUAAAUGAGGGGACCAAAUAGUAUACCUUCAUAAGUUGGGCAAUGAGGUUUCAGCAACAAAGGUAUAAACCCCAGCUUUGUGUGAAUAGUUGCAUUGACUUUAUGGCUGUAUUGGGUUGACGCAAAACGUGUUUUUCACCGUCAGCUCUUAUUGGACUUGUGACGGCUGUUGGGUUGCAAGCGAAAACCUUCUUUAAAGUAUUACAUCAGACAAAAGCAUAAAAACAACUUGUAGAUUAUUAUUAUCAUUAUUAUUAUUAUUAUUAUUAUUAUUAUUAUUAUUUUUUUCUCUCUGCGUUGGUUUUUAAUUGCAAUUAGUGGCUGGAUUCAUUAGGAAGUCUGAGAGAUUAAAAAAAAAAUAGAGGUUAUCUCUCCAUAAUAAAUUCUGGUAUAUUCUUUUUUGACAGCUGACGAACUACGAAGAAUAACGAACCAAAUUGCUGUCAAUUUCUGUCUUUGCGAAGUGACAGAGAUUGAUACCUGUACAUGUAGAGCGUCGAAUUAUUUGCCUUAAUAGAUAAAAUAAUAAUUUUCAUUUAUGAUCUUGCCCUGGCUAAUAUAUAAGGAAUGGGUAAUCGUUAAGCUGAGUCUGCUGAAACCAUCAGUCACUGAAUUUUUUAUUAUCUGGAAAUGGUUUUGAAGUAGACUGCAAAACAGUCCGUAUUUUUGCGUAUUCAAGUACGCGCGAGCAGUCACUGAAACAAAAGGUCUGGAACGAGGCUUUUACGCCACGUUUUACCAAUUUCUUUACUGAUUUUGAGGAAAAAACGGGCUGUUUUGUAGUCUAGUUUUGAAGUUCAAGCUGUAGCCAUAACAUUCGCUGAUCCUGUCACGUCGACAUGGUAGAGAACCAACAUGGCUUCUGAAUACGUCAAAAGCUCUAUAAAUUGGGGUAAAUCAUUUCUCCGAAUAUUUCGCAAUUAAAAAUUGCACCGAGACAAAUCUUGGCGUAGGUCUUUGCAUAUCAACCUCCUUUCUUUUCAUUUGAGUGCUUUUUUUGAUUGCGUGAGAGUGAUAACCAGCAGUCGAGCGUUUAAUAUUCAUUUUUGGUUUUCACAUGACGUCACCCGAAUUUCAAACAAAAGAAUUAUCGACCCUCCUUAGUUUUUACUUUCUUGAAGUAUAAGAGCUUCUAAAAAACUUAUAUUUUUACAAAUUUUCUCUUUGAAACGGUUCCUCGUGUUUGAUAAAGUACUUUUGCGUGACGCGGCAUUCAUUAAUGGCCGCCUAGAGAGCUCUUGUUGUUAAAGUUACAAAAAUUUAGCUAAAACGAAUCUCGCCCAUACGAAAAAUUGCGCCGUAAACUCUUCUUUGCGAAGGUCUUUGUAUAUUUAAAUCCUUUCAUUUCCAGAUUCUGGACUUUAUCUGUUGAACACUUUUUGAUUUUGAUUUUUGACGACGUGACAGUGAAAACCAGCAAUUUUAAUUUACCAUCACGCUGUCAAAAUCCACCUCUAUUUUUAAAACUAUUAAUUAUUAUUAGUCGCUUGCAACUCAAAACUGAGCUGCAAGGGCACCACUCAAAGCGACCAUUUAAUAACUUUGUGAUGCAAGGUUUGUAUGAAGUACAAAGGAAUCUGUAAAAGGACUCACAAUAUUUCGAUAAGCGGAACUACCCCUCUAUACUACUGAUGUUUCACUCAUAAUAUCAUAGGUGACGAAUUACUCCUUAAUUUUGGCGCGAAAUUUCAGCGUUAAUUUGUAAUUUCACAUGUGAAAUUACUAAAUUGCCAUGGCAACCUGCCGUACGUCUCCGUUUCAAGAUGGCAGGGAAGUUUUAAAAUGUCAUGAAUGAAGAUGUCAGGGAAUAAAAAGACGCUUUAGAAAACCUGAACACACGAAACAGCACAUCAAGAAGGAUUCUUAGAGGUAUGUUGUCGAAAAAUUUUGAAAAAUUAAGCCAAAUUGUAGCUCUAAACGUUUGAGAGAGUGGAGUUCACGAUCGAUCGAUACGAUCCAGGAUAAACAAGUCAAAAAUGUAAUUCGUCACCCAUGAUAUUAACAGGUAAUCAAAUGGUAUACUCGUGAAAUUAGGGAAUAAUUUCACUUACGUUUUGCCCAAAUCCUAAUAAUUUCCCUCGCCUGAAGGCUCGGGAAAUAAUAAGGAUUUGGACAAAACGCGCGUGAAAUUAUUCCCUAAUGUCACUCGUCACCAUUUGAUUACACAUACUUACAAGCUCUUGAUUAUUGUGCUAGUCAAAAUACCUGGGGUGCUGUGGGGUGCUGAAGAAAAUUUUGUACGGAGAAGCUCUGCCCCGAUCGCGCUCUAACCUACCUCUUUCAUAAAUAUACAGCCUAUGGACAGAUAGUAUCCCUUUCACCCACCUUGUUUAGAACUUUGUGUCCCUUUUAACCUUUAAAUUCACUGUCUUUUAAAUAUGAAUACAUCGCAAAACCGGAACGUUUUGUAGACUUUUUUACAGCCAUAAAAUGAAUCUGUUAGACCAGCAGUCAAGCGCCUGCCUUCGGCAGAGAAACGUGUUGUGCUCUCGUACUACGGUGGGGUCUCCGAGAUUCUUCAAAGAAUCUUUGAAAAGCGUCCUGUUCCGACACGUUCAAGUUUCAAACCCCAUCUUCGCUUUCACGCGCAAGAUACGCGAGGCCAUAAACAUUCAUACUCGGCGACGGGAAAUGAACCGUGAUCAGGGUUACAAUUAACCUUCUCCCAAUUUAUGGAACACUUUUGAAGCCUCAUCAACACGAGGCUGCAAAGCAAACGUCAUCACUGAUGAGGGGAUCUGGAUGGACUCAGAAGGCUCUGCUAAAACUUUCAACAAAUUGUUGGUGUUGAAGAAUAUUUUUCUGUUGAAUUAUGUAAUCUUUGAAUUUCUAGGUAUAAAUUCUAGAGAACAAUGGGCUGAUUUAGCAACAGAACGGGAACGUCAGUUGACGACGGCGCGCGCAAAUCAAACAACUGGCUUGACCAAUGGCAGAGCGGCAAAUUGAGUACUGGAAGUCGUGUUUAGUCCUUUCCACGCUCUUUCCUGUCGUCAACUGACGUUCCCGUCCUGUUGCUAAAUCAGCCUAAUAUACUAGCGGAGCCUCCCCGUAUAGGCCAUUAAAGGAAGUAUCCCCCUCCGGGUCAAUAUAUUGAUCAUUAAAGAAACUUACCGUAUUUAACUGUUUGUUUUCCCUUUAGAGUGAAGAGAACAGUAGUAACAGGAUGCAGUUUUCUAGCGCAAGAAUACAGGAGAAUGCUGAUAAUCUAGGGAUUGGCAGCCAAGUUUUACCAAAUCAACCUUCUGUGCACAGCGGUGUCUUGGGCCAAAUUUCACAGGGACACCAACAAGGGCCAACAGCGCGGGAUCAAAACCAAAACAUUGCGGGGAUGUCUGUCUCACAAGACCUUCCAGGAAUUGUCCCUCCCAGGGAAAUAAGCACCUUUCCCCAAAACGCUGAUGCGGUUGUCGGGGGAGUAAACUACAGGCGAAAGGCUGUUUGCCAGGAGACAGAUGGUGCACUGGGUCAGAGAACGAAAAUGCGCGUCUAUAUGAAGCGAUUUUAGGCCUUUUAGAUGACUGAAACUAUUUGGUGACUAUUCCACGGUCUUGAACAAGUCUCGCUUUAACCUGUGUGGAGUUGUAGCAGUCACUUGCUAAAGAAAAAAACUUUCGUCUUUGUCAUUAGCUUGGAAAUAACGCCUUGGAAUAACUACUUCCUUUUUUAAAAAAAUCUAAGACCUGCAAGAUGCCGCGUCAC